AGUAUGUACCUACUGAAAGAGCCUUGAGUUUAAUACGAUGUAUAGAAACAGAAGUAUUUAGCUUUAAAUAAAUAUGUACGAUUCAGAUCAAGAGUCCACGUCCCUUCUACCUAGGAAAGGUGCUAUAGGAGUUCCAAAAGAUCGAUUAAAAAUCGUCUAUGCUAUAUUCUAUUUAUUAGGGAUUGGUACUCUGCUACCAUGGAACUUUUUUAUCAAUGGAAAACACUAUUUUAUGUAUAAAUUAAGAAACAUCACAUUACCAAAGAAUUUUACCGAAUACAUUAAACCAGAAUAUGAAACGGAUUUUCAAGUUUCAUUUGAAAGUUAUUUGGCCGUUGCUGCAAUGCUUCCAAAUGUUCUUUUUAUGUUUUUAAAUACUGUUGCAACGAGAUUAAUUAGGUUAAAAAUACGCAUAAUAAUUGCAGUGUGUACAAUGAUAUUGAUAUUCGCUUCGACAAUUGUAUUUGCCCUUUUGAACACUGAUAUGUGGCAAGUUGAAUUUUUCGCUAUAACGCUUGUAUGCAUUGUCAUAAUGAAUGCUGCAAGUGCAGUUUUGCAGGGAGGAGUGUUUGGUUUAGCGAGUAUGUUUCCACCCAGAUAUUCGCAAUCAGUCAUGGCGGGACAAGGUUUUGGUGGUACUAUGGCAGCAAUAGCGAAUAUAAUUAGUAUUGCUGCAACAAAGGACGCGCUACAAAGUGGCCUAUUCUACUUUUCUAUUGCUCUAAUAGUUCUUAUUUUGGCUUUUUUGGCGUAUCUUAUACUACCAUGUUUAAAAUUUGCAAGAUACCAUACGGAUAAGAAAUCUUUAAGAACAAGCACUUUUAAUGGUAUAGACGAAACGAAUGAUAACGAUACAAAAAGUAAUGUUGCUUUUACAAAAACUACUGGUGCACCAUUAUGGAGAGUAUAUAGAAUGCCUAAAUUUGGAAGUAAUUGGUUACCUUUUUUGAGUGUUUCAAGAAUAAUCUUUAUACCGUUAUUUAUAUUUUGUAACUUUCAACCUCGUCAACACCUGAAUGUUUACUUUGAUAAUGAUAUUGCUCCAGCCGUGAUAAUGGUAUUGUUUGCAUUUACUAACGGAUAUUUAUCAACUCUUUGUAUGAUGUAUGGACCUAUGAAUGCUCAAGAGGAGGAUGAAGAGACUGCUGGUGCUCUCAUGUCCUUCUUUCUAGCUCUGGGAUUAACAGCUGGCUCAUUUUUUUCGUUUUUACUCUCAAAGUAUCUAAUUUAA